UCCCUUUCUUUAGUUUCUCCAACUCUUUUGUUUCUUCUUUCAAUUCUAUCAUCAUCAUCACCAUGGUACGUUUUACCAACACCCUCGUAGGAAUACUCAACUUCUUCGUCCUCCUCUCCUCGGUUCCGAUACUCAUAACCGGAAUCUGGCUCAGCGCUAACGGCUCAACGCAAUGCGAGCGGUUCCUCGACAAACCCUUGAUCGCUCUCGGCGCUUUCCUCACGAUAGUUGCAAUCUCUGGAGUCGUAGGAUCUUGCUGCAGAGUGACGUGGCUCUUCUGGUUCUAUCUAUUUGUGAUGUUCUUCUUGAUCAUCACUGUUCUCUGUUUCACCAUCUUUGCCUUUGUCGUCACUAGCAAAGGCUCCGGGGAAACUAUCCCUGGAAAGGCUUAUAAAGAGUAUAGGCUUGAGGCUUACUCUGAUUGGUUGCAGAAGCGUGUCAACAACGCUAAACACUGGAGCAACAUUAGAAGCUGUGUUUUCGAGAGCAAGAUCUGUUCUCGCUUCUCUGAUAGUGAGCCUGUUUCUGCUUUCUACAAAGAACAUCUCACUUCUCUUCAGUCUGGUUGCUGCAAGCCUUCUAAUGACUGUAACUUCACUUACAUAAGCCCAACGACUUGGAACAAAACCUCAGAGACAAAUAAAAACUCAGAUUGUCAACUUUGGGACAGCCAGAAAGAUAAGCUAUGCUACAAUUGCCAAGCCUGCAAGGCCGGUUUCAUAGACAACCUUAACUACUCAUGGAAAAGAGCUGCGACUGUCAACAUUGUUUUCCUUAUAAUGCUCAUUGUCGUCUAUGGUAUGGGAUGUUGCGCCUUCCGGAACAACAAGCGAGAAGAGAGAUAUGCCCGUCCCACUGGUUUCAACAAUCCUUGAUUUAGUCGUUUGUUUUAUUUUCGUUAGGAGUAUGUUAGUCUUAUUUUAAGCUAGACUUUGAUUUUUCAUUAAUAAAUCACUAGAUUCGGACCCGCACGUAUGUGCGGGAUUGAUUUUAAAAACUAAGUUUACUAACACAUUUAUAAUUUAUUUCGUACAUGCAGGUUAUGUUUGAAAACGUAUCUUUUAGGAAUGUUAUUAACAUUCAUAAUCCGAAAUCAUACCAAUAUAGUAUUUGGUUUAGACAAAAAGAAUGAUCAAAUUCGUUUUUGU